AGUUCUUCAACUCACUACGUGACGGCUCAAACGAGUAUUUAUGUAAACUUUUAAUCACACGAUUUAUUUAAUGGUCAUAUCACUCGUAUAAUUUAACACGCUCUUAUGAACCAUCAAUGGAUUUAAGGAAAUUCCAUCCAAAAGCCAAGUAAAAAUCUUGUUUGAUGGUAAGAAAUCCAUGACACAAAACCCCAUAUGGUAAUAUUUUUAUUCGCUACCAUACAGGACACAAACCACACAACACAAAUGAACAAUAUAAAUGUGAUAGUUUCUCUCUUUCCUCUCCUCUGCCCCUCACAACAUAUCACACUCUGAGAAACAGAGAGGAACGGAGAGAUAGAAAGUUCAAUGUUCUGUAUUGAGCCAUGGUUAUCACAAGUUCAGAGAGUCGCUCACCCACCACCAAAGUCCCUUCAGGGCCUCCUCCAAUUGAAGUCUUAUCAGUAAAAUGUGAGUCUUGUGGAUUCACAGAGGAGUGUACCCCUGCAUACAUUCAUCGCAUCAAAGAGCGGUACCAAGGCCGCUGGAUAUGCGGGUUAUGUGUGGAGGCGGUGAAGGAUGAGGUGAUAAGAUCAGACAUGCUUAUCUCUACUGAAGAAGCUCUUAACCGCCACAUAAGUUUCUACAAGAAAUUCAGAUCCUUACGUUCUAGCUCUUUAAAACAAGGAGCAGAGCACCCCAUCUCUGCUAUGGGCAGGGUUCUCAGGCGAAGCAUGGACUCGCCAAGACAUCUUCGCUCUAGUUCAGGUUCUGAUUUGCAUGCUGUUGAAGGAGUUCGUAAUUCUGGGUUGGUACGCUCUGAAAGUUGUGUCCCUUAUCUGUCCCGUUAAUUGGGUAAUUCAUAAUUGAAACUUCUUAUGGUAAAUAUGAAAAACAGAGUUCCUCUGUUUUUUCAUUUUUGCAUGGCUUCUUGGUCGAAGUCGUAUGGCUUUGGGAACAUGUAUGCUGAUUCUCAUGAGAUAUGUUUUCGAAGAAGAAAAAAAAAAUUGCUGGACUUUUCAUUUUGUAUAUAAUAUAAUUGACAGACCAGUUCUAAACUAAAUUUCCGAGUUAUAGUUUGUUCUUGUUCUCUGUUUCUCAAAUUCUACAAGUCCACAAAUUUGGCUUGCCUAAGGCCUAAGGGAGUAAUCCUUGUAUGGUUAAAUUACAUCAAUGACAAAGCAAUUGAAUUGCUCCAUUGCCUUUUUAAAUUUGCAUGAUAUCUGAUUGGAUUAAUUUCAAACUUUUAGCCUCUUUUCGUUUCAUACAAAGAAAGAAUGAGAUUCUAGUAAGUUGUUGUUUUGCAAUCAAUCCGAAUCUGUGUAGAAGAAAAUGGUCGAGGACUGAAAUAAAUUUUGAUUGUGUUGGAGCU